UGGUUUUUCCAUACUCAUAAUUAACAUUGAAAGAUUAGACAUAAAUGCUUGCUUUCAUUAGAAUUCUGUAUAGUUUCCUUGUAAUACUACUUAUGCCUUUGCAUUCAAGUAACUUUUGUGACAGAACUGACCUGUAUUGUUAUUAUACAAAGGACGCUCAACCAUACUGUUCAAGAGGAGAGUUUGAUGAUGUCACAAUAGCUGGGGAUGCUUGGAAAGACCCUGUAAAGAAGCAUUUUGAACAGAACAAAGCCAUGGCUUCAAACGGACUAAUUAGGCCUAGAAGUGCACUUGCUCGAGCGUUCAUUGAGAAGCAGCAGAAUGAUAGAACCCUUCAAGAAUUUGAUAAAAACGAGUGGUACCGGGUCGACAAAAGCCGGUUGUCCCCAGAGAUGCAGUCCACGUUCGUCCAACUCCACGCAGAUGAAGAGACCAAGAGCUUCCUAUCGAACUCCAUCGAGAAGUCUUCGUGGGUGUGGACCCAGAUCUGGUACCUGCUAGCGAAGGCCGUCCUCAAGCACUUCUGGUCGAUCACCGACAUCAAUGGCUGGUUAGGCCGCGGCUCCAUGUUCGUGCUAUCCGAGGCGCAGGCUCGCUCGAUGCUCCGCGCGGCGCGGCGCGGCGCCGACGGCUCCGGCUCGCUGGUGGACGUCGGCGCCGGCGACGGAGAGGUCAGUCGCCGCUUCGCGCACCUCUACGGGGAGAAGUACGCGACGGAAAUCUCGGCCAGCAUGCGAAAGACGCUCUUGAGUAAAGGAUACACGCUCCUGGACGUGGACGACUGGUGGCGCACGAAGCAGUUCGACUGCGUGUGCAUGCUGAACCUGCUGGACCGCUGCAGCCGGCCGCGCUCCAUGCUGCGGGACGCGCGCGCCGCGCUCGCGCCCGGCGGGCUGCUGCUGCUGGCGCUCGUGCUGCCCUACAAGCCCUACGUCGAAGUGACAGCAGACCACAAGCCCGAAGAGCGACUGGGCGUAACUGGAGCCGGCUUCGAGGAGCAGGCGACGGCUUUAGUCGAACAAAUGCGAAGCGCAGGCUGGGCGCUGCGGGCGUGGGCACGCGCGCCCUACCUGUGCGAGGGAGACUUCGCCCAGGCCUACUACUGGCUCGACGACUCCGUCUACGUGUUCCAACCGGCACCCAUCGAGCCUGGCAACUGAUCCGGCCGCAGGACUAGCAACGAAUUCGUAAGAAGAAGAAGAAGUAAGCCCGCUGUUACACCCGUGAAGACACAUCUG